CACUCCUCCUCCUUCUUCUUUACGACAAUCUUCUUAAUCUCUCCUUCCAUUUUUCCUCUGUGUCCAUACAAGAUACACGAUGUCAGCAUCCGGUUCUACUCUCCAAAAAAAGGAGAAAAAGGGGGCAAGAUUUCCUCCAAAGAGGGGUCAAGUGAAAGAAAAAAUUUUUGAGAGAUUGUGCAAGACUGUCAUCUCCGUUUUCUCAAAGGCAAAAGAAUCCUCCAAGAGGGACCUUUUGCGCACCAUUCCCCAAGUCCAGCUGAAACAUGUGAUGAGGGAGAGCAACAUGGCAGCUGAUGCUAAUGCCAAGAAGGAAGCUUUAGCCCCUCAUGGGUUUUAUAUUUUGUUUGACUGUCCAUGUGAAUUUGUUUUGUAUGGCUGAUCUUGUAGGGGUUUACUACCCCAGAUAGUAAUGCUUUUGGUUAUAUUUCAUCUUCUUUACCCAAAAAAAAAAAAAAAAAAAGAACAAAGAAAAAAGAUCUGCCUAACCCAUGGUUUUUUUUUUUAUUUUUUUAUUUAAGAUGUUGUAUCUAGUAAUAGAGACCUCUUCAACUGUUCUUUGAAAAUUUUAGGGAGAAAAUGAUGUGUGUGGGAUAGGUUUUGUGUUUGUAUCUUUAUCCAUCUCAAAUGUUGGCUAUACAAUGAAUAAGAAUUUCAUGUUAUC